UAACCCAACACGUCCGCAACUGUGGUCCGCAGAUGUUCCUGAUCAGCCGCAAGGGCGGCACUCUGUUGACCAUCAACAACUUUGUGUACCGCUCCAAUCUUAAGUUCUUCGGCAAGAGCAAUAAUAUCCUGUACUGGGAGUGCGUCCAAAACCGAUCGGUUAAGUGCCGCAGUCGCUUAAAGACCAUCGGCGAUGAUCUCUAUGUAACCAAUGAUGUGCACAAUCACAUGGGCGACAACAAGCGUAUUGAGGCGGCCAAGGCGGCUGGGAUGUUGAUCCACAAGAAGUUGAGUUCCCUCACAGCCGCCGACAAAAUCCAGGGUUCCUGGAAAAUGGACACCGAGGGCAACCCAGACCAGCUGUCCAAGAUUUAGCCGCUUCCUAGACAUUCCCAACCUAAACGUCCGAGUUCUGUUAGGGCUAAGCUAAUGUAUUCUACUAUUGUUCUUGAGCGUAUAUCAUUGAUUUAGACUGAGUGUCCCGAGCCUAGUUAUGAUGGGUAAGUAGCCUGUUCAUCUGGGAUCUCAAAGUACCAUUUUUGUAAUUCUUAAAGUCCCGGGUCAUAUUAUUUAUUUUGUUCUCAUUGCUUAGACGCUUUUGGCCACGGCACUGACUUAAACAAUGGCUUGUGUUACGUACAAAAUAUGAACUCUUAAUAAAAUCAGAUGAACAUCUAAACGAA